UCUCCUUCUCCUCCUUCUGGGCGGGCGAGGAGAGACACAAAAUGGCGGCGCCCAUAGCUGAGGAGCUGGAGCGCCUUCUCAACCCGCUGCCCAGCGCCCCGCAGGACCCGGAGGACGACCCCGAGGAGGCCACCGUAGCCAAAGUUGUUGACAAGUUCGAUGAAGGAAUCCUCGAAGAUGACAUCCUUUCUGUUGGGCACAUACGGAAAGGUGUUUCUGCCAGCCUCUUGGAUGCCGAUCAGCGAUACCAUGGGAAGGCCACAUCUCGCAAAGCCUUGGACGAAGAGCUUUGGGGCGAGGCUGAGCUGUCGGAUGAGCAAACCUCUGGCGAGGAGGAGACGAGUGAAGGUGACCUCAGCGGUGAACCUCCGGAGGAAGUCUUGGAUGACGAGAGUCCAGAAGUGGAGGAAGAAGAGGAGCCCACUGGCCCUGAGAGCGGCCAGGAGGACGACGGAGAACCGUCGGAGAACCUGAAGAAACCAACUCUCAAUUUCCAGGCCAUUGACGAUUUCGAGAAAUUCGCAGAAGGAAUGGAUGAACUAGGGAGUGGGGGUGAGGAUGAGGAUGAGGAUUCCAGCAUGGGGGAAGGCAGCGGAGAUGAAGCAAGCUCAGAGGAAGACGCCGAGGAGAGCGAGGAGGAGAUGGCCAGUGUGGACGGGAGUCAAGAUGAUGACGGGGCGAUGUUGACGUUCUCUAAAGGCAAAGUGGCCGAGGAAGUCGCGAAAGGGAGAGCUGUGAAGAAUCAAAUAGCCCUGUGGGAUCAGCUCUUGGAAGGGCGAAUCAAACUGCAGAAGGUCCUUUUGACAGCCAACCAGCUGCCGCAGCCGGAUACUUUCGCUGAGUUUAAGAAACGAGGCGGGCAGGAGUUUGCCGAUGCGCUCAAGAACAAUUACAAAGCCCUGAAGGCCUUGCUGAGAGCCCUGGCGGAUCUUCAAGAUGAGCUGCUGCAUCAGUACUCGGGCACGAGACACCUGGUCGAUGGACAGCAAGCGAAAGAGGAGAGCGGUGAAGAGAUCCCAAGUAGCCAUGAUGACGGCACCGACGAGGAGGAAGGCGGCAAGGCGAGGAAGAGGCCGCCGCCACGGCCGCCCAAGCGGAAGCUUGAGAUGGAGGACUACCCGGCGUUCGCGGCCAAGCGGUUUGCCGAUUUCCGGGCCUAUCGGAACAGCACGUUGCAGAACUGGCACGACAAGACCAAGUUGGCCUCCGGCAAAGCGGGGAAGGGUUUCGGCGCCUUUGAGCGUUCAAUCCUGACUCAGAUUGAUCAUAUUCUGAUGGACAAAGAGCGAUUACUCCGCCGGACGCGGACCAAGCGGUCGGCGUACAAGGUGCUAGGGAAGGUGCAGCGAGCGGCCGAGACACUUUCAGAAGUUUUGCCGGGACAGACGGAGGCCCUACCGCCAGCGCCGUCCAACGCGCACCUUAAAGACCUGGACGAGGAGAUCUUUGACGACGACGAUUUUUACCAUCAGCUCCUCCGGGAACUUAUCGAACGUAAAACCAGCUCUUUGGACCCGAAUGACCAGGUGGCAAUGGGCAGGCAGUGGCUUGCAAUCCAGAAACUGCGGAGCAAAAUCCGGAAGAAGGUGGACAAAAAGGCCAGCAAGGGAAGGAAAAUCCGGUAUCACGUCCACAGCAAGUUGGUGUGCUUCAUGGCCCCCAUUGACCACUGCACGAUGAAUGAUGAUGCCAGGACAGAGCUUUAUCGGUCACUUUUUGGGAAACAGGCACAUCUUGAAGGAGGAGAAAAGCCGUAGUGUCGGACAUCCACGGGUGCAAGAGUGCUUGGAAGAGGAGGGGACCGCCAUCUUUGGCCCAGUUUCCAGCACUCUGCAAGCCCGGUCGAUGGAACCACCGUUGUUACUUUCCGGAACAUUUGAUACGUGGCCCUUUGACAGCAGAGUGUACCGCCAGUGGCAACCGCCACGUUUGCUCAAGUUGGGAAAAGCGAGCGCGUCUCUGCUUUUUCUGUCGUAUCCUUCUGAAAUCUGCCCUCCAAAUUGACCCAACGCGGGACACCUUCAGCCAAACCUUGCUCUUGUGAUCACACUCUGCACGCUUGUUAGUUGUAUUGAUUGGCAGAGCAGUUGCCAAGUACGAUCAGACAACCGGAGCGUGUUUCCUGUGCCAUUUUCACAUGCGUUUCAAGCCUGAAACUAGCCCCGAGGGUUGGUGUGUGACCUGGUAUUUUUGGUGGUGUGAGACGAUUCCAGAGAAGCCACUGCUGGUCCUGGUCCAGCUGUGAAAGCAAACCCAAAACCUCGCUGACUACCAAGAACGCCCACUUUAUGUUCACCAAGGAAGGUUAUCUCACCUUGAGUAGUGAGGGCCAAGAUUCUGAGGAACGACAUCAGAAUUUAUUUUUAAUUUCUUCUUAUUUUUAUUGUGAAUACCAACCAAACAGAACAGGAAAUACAUUGUGAAAACGAGAGAAAAAAUCCCCUACAUUACGUAUAUAAGAUUAUCGUCAUUUUCCAUCAUAUGUACCAUUCAUUAAAAAAACCCCACACAUCAGAAUUAAACGACAAAGAAGCAUCUCUGUGUGCGUGUUGCUAGGGAAAGGACCACCGCCCAUGGAUGGACGUUGCAGCACACCAACGGCGGUCAUGUUACCCUUGAAUGUGCAAUGGGUUGGUGUUGGUGACUGUCCCAUAUAUGCGGGAAAAGACGGGCAUCUCUUUUCUCUGGCUGUGCCCUUCGUGCAUUUCGAAAAACCAAUCAAGGAAAUCUAACAUCAGAACUUCUAAAAGUUCAAUUUUUAAAAAAUGCGUACAACCCAUCUUCUGAGCAGUAAUUCCUAGGAGAGCAGAAGUGAGAAGUUGUCUGUCUGUCUGUCUCUCUCACUCACACACAUAUUUACUCAUGCACAUAAAUACACACACAGACACACACACCCCACUGGUACCACAAUAGAUGCUUAUGAGUUUUCUUCCCUCGACCGUAGAUUUUAAUGUAUUUAAUUAUUUUCGCUGAUGGGGAUUCCUGGACGCCUAUACCUUCCCUCUCCCAACAGAGACAUGCUCCAUGUAAGAGGUUAGCCCCGGUGUAAAUCUAGCAAAAGAGAAAGAUGAUUCACUUGUUUUUAUUCAGAAGGUCAAAAAGCUGGAAAUUAAAUCUCCAUAAAGUGGAUUUAUUAGCCUGCUGUGAUCUAUCGCCAAUGGAGAUUAACUUGCAUAAGUAAUAGGUGCAU